AAUAUCACGAUCCGCAUUGGGACAAUGCAUCUCCGGCGCUCACAUAUCAUGAAUAUCCAGCACUGCCGACCGGGCUGGGUAGCUGAAGUCUGAAAACAUCACCACAAAAAUGACCACAACAUACUUUUCCGCACGUUCAAAAUUGGAGUCAGCAGUUCGGGAACUCCAAAAGAGCCGAGGACAAAAAGUUGAUUAUGAAGUUGUGCCAAUUGAAGAAGCUGUCGGUCGCGUCUCGGCAUGCGAUCACUUCAGCCCCAUCUCAACACCAGAAUUCGACACAUCUGCCAUGGACGGCUACGCAAUUCGGUCAGAGAGCACGAAAGUAGCCUCUCAGAAGUCGCCAGUAUUCUUUUGUGUCAAAGGAACUGUUGCUGCUGGCGACGACUCUCCUUCGUUGCCUAUGGAACAGGAAUGCGAUGGCCCAGAACCUUGUUUUGAGAUCAUGACCGGGGGACGAUUUCCAGAAGGUGAAGUUGGAGAAGUAUUCGACGCAUGCGUCAAGGUUGAAGACACUGUCAGGAUUGCGACCAAAGAGCCAGGGCUCAGGAGGUGUAUCGCCAUCAGCAAGCCCAUACCGAGAUACGCCAAUCGUCGGUUCGCUGGUGAAGAUAUCCAGAAAGGGGACCUUGUACUGAGGAACGGAAUGACUAUUCGGUCAUCAAAUAUCAUGCCCCUCGCUUCUGUAGGGAUUGACAUGAUCCGCGUGCGCAAAAAGCCUCGAGUAUGUAUCUGGUCGACUGGCAAUGAGUUGACCUCUCAAAAGUCUCAUGUUAGAGACGUCAAUGGGGUUUACCUUACGGCAGCAUCGAAAGAAGCCGGAACAGAAGCGGAUUUCUUUGGCUCUAUAACAGAUGAAGUGGAAUCACUUGUCCAGGAAAUACGAGACCGUUUGGAAUCUUCGCCCAUGGAUCUUAUGAUUACCAGCGGAGGUGUAUCUGUUGGCAAAUUCGAUCACGUCCGUCAGGCAUUGGAACUUCUUGGUGCGACCAUCGUCUUUCACGGUGUAGCCAUUCGCCCAGGCCAUCCAGUUCUCUUCGCACUUCUCCCCUCUGCCUGGGGAGAAGUAGCUUUCUUUGGGUUACCAGGGAAUCCUGGUGCAGCAGCAGCCUGCUUCAAGUUCUUGACUAUCCCCUACAUGAAGUAUCUGCUGGGUCAAGAGCUGGAGAGGCCUGUCCUUGCUCGUCUAGAGAACCUCGAGUUGGGCAGUUCAUCAAGAAAGAGUAUCAUGGAUGCACCCAACAGAGGACUCAGCUGUGAUAGGUUUAGACCUGGUGUUUUGCAUGUGACAGGAGACAAGGGACCUACAGUCUACGAAGGUGCCGGGGUAUUGGGACCAGCCAAGAUGGCACCUUUCGGCAAAUGGUAUCAUGCUAUCCAAUGA